AUGGGCGGCGCGCUGCGGGCACGCCUGGGAGCGGCCUUUGACCGUGCGUGUGCGCCACCCGGUGCGUCGGUGCGCCACGAAGAGGAUACGCAGGGUGGAUUCUUUCCCGAGGCCGGUGGAUUUUUGCCGGACGACGGUGGAAUUUUGCCCGAGGCAGGUGGAUUUGUCGCCGACAAGCCUCCGAGCGGCCGUGCAUCGCCGGCGCUGGAACUCGAUCGCCUGCCGCUGCUGCUGGUCAAUCUAGGUGUGGACGGCGAGCUGCACGAGGAGGUGUCGGCGCUACUGCGGUCGCAGGCUGAGCCGACGCAGAGCGGCCCCGUCCUGCGCCGCGCGCCCUUUCUCCAGGUCCUCGAGGCGGUGCUCAACGAGGAAGAGAUGGCCUCGCUCGAGUCCGACGCGCCGUCGGAUGCAAGCGACACGUUCGAUCCGGCCCAGGCGUCUGACUCGGACGACAGCGACGCGGCUCCCACAUCGCGCAGCACACGCUCGCACAUGCCGAGGAGCAAGGCGCUUCACAAGAAAGCGCGCAUCCUCUAUAGUCUGCUCCUCGAGCGCAUCCCCCUCGUCCCGUCCGCGGCGCUGGCGGAGCGUGCGAAAAGCACGACGGUGCGCACGGAUGUCGAGGACGAAGAGAUUGAUACCCGCCGCAUCGGCAUGGCCGAAUUGCGCUAUGCUGCACAGUCUCUCGGCGAGACGCCGACCACCGCCGAGCUCGCCGAGAUGCUCGAAGAGGCCGCCGCCUAUUUCCACGAUAUGCCCGCCACCGCCCGCCUAUCGAACGAGCCGCGGAUCGGCCUACACGAAUUUACCUACAUGACCUACAAGGCCGGCAUCCUGGAGGCCCUAUAG